CUGGAAAGGCAUAAGAAGUCAGAAGUCGGAACUCAGAAGUCAGAAGUCGGAAGUCAGAAGUCAGAAGUCGGAACUCGGAAGUCAGAAGUCGGAAGUCGGAAGUCAGAAGUCAGAAGUCGGAACUCAGAAGUCAGAAGUCGGAAGUCGGAAGUCAGAAGUCGGAACUCAGAAGUCAGAAGUCGGAAGUCGGAAGUCAGAAGUGGCCCUCCUCGGCCAUCGUAG